CGCCGAGCUCCGAAAACCGAGCUGGGUGAGGAGAUGCUGGUGGCGGCGCAGUCUCGGUGGGCAAUAUGAGUUUGGCUGGGGGCCGGGCCCCUCGGAAGACUGCGGGGAACCGGCUUUCUGGGCUCCUGGAGGCAGAGGAGGAAGAUGAAUUCUACCAGACGACUUAUGGGGGUUUCACAGAGGAAUCAGGAGAUGAUGAGUAUCAAGGGGACCAGUCAGACACAGAAGACGAAGUGGACUCUGACUUUGACAUUGAUGAAGGGGAUGAACCAUCCAGUGAUGGAGAAGCAGAAGAGCCAAGAAGGAAACGCCGAGUAGUCACCAAGGCCUAUAAGGAGCCUCUCAAGAGCUUGAGGCCUCGAAAGGUCAGCACCCCAGCUGGUAGCUCUCAGAAGGCCCGAGAAGAGAAGGCACUGCUGCCGCUGGAACUACAAGAUGAUGGUUCUGACAGUCGGAAGUCCAUGCGUCAGUCCACAGCUGAGCAUACACGACAGACAUUCCUCCGGGUACAGGAGAGGCAGGGCCAGUCACGGCGGCGAAAGGGUCCCCACUGUGAGCGACCACUGACCCAGGAGGAGCUGCUCAGGGAGGCCAAGAUCACAGAGGAGCUCAAUCUGCGUUCACUGGAGACAUAUGAGCGGCUCGAGGCUGACAAAAAGAAGCAGGUUCAUAAGAAGCGGAAGUGCCCUGGGCCCAUAAUCACCUAUCAUUCUGUGACAGUGCCACUUGUUGGGGAGGCAGGCCCCAAGGAAGAGAAUGUCGAUGUAGAAGGACUAGAUCCUGCUCCCACAGCAUCUACAUUGACUCCUCAUGCCGGGACUGGACAGGUCAUUCCCCCAGCUCGCUGCUCACGUACCUUCAUCACUUUUAGUGAUGAUGCAACAUUUGAGGAAUGGUUCCCCCAAGGACGGCCCCCAAAGGUCCCUAUUCGGGAGGUCUGUCCUGUGACCCAUCGCCCGGCCCUAUACCGGGAUCCUGUUACAGACAUACCAUAUGCCACUGCUCGAGCCUUCAAGAUCAUCCGUGAAGCCUACAAGAAGUAUAUCACUGCCCAUGGACUGCCGCCCACUGCCUCAGCCUUGGGCCCUGGCCCACCACCUCCCGAGCCCCUCCCUGGCCCUGGGCCCCGAGCCUUGCGCCAGAAAAUCGUCAUCAAAUGAAAAAAUGUCUAGUCCUUAGAAAUCAAUUUCCUGCCCUGAUUUGGGGCUCUUGAUGUUACCUCUUCUCUCCAUGUUUCUCCCCUCUGUCACCUCUGAUCAUUGCCCAACACUCUUCUUUAUUUCUUUUCCCAUCUUCCCUUCUAGUUCCUGCUGGUUUUGUGAGUUUUAAUCUAACAAAAUAGAAAGGUCCCUUUUGUCUUGUGUCUUCUAUAGGGUUGGGAGCAAGAAGUAUUUGUUUGUGAAUGCCUAAGUAUAUAUGGGUCUUUAUUUUUGAUAGCAUUUAUGAUGAUUCUUUUAUGAUUCAUGGUUUCUUUUUAUUAUAUAUUUCAAGUAGAUUAAAAAUGCCAUAAAAACAGA